CAUUUAUGCAUUUAUGCAAUACUCUCGCAGUGUUUCAGUGUUUGUUAUGUUUGUCAUUGAAUUGAAUGCAUUCACAACUCAUUGCAGACACAAACUUGUGAUCACUUCUCACACACCGACCACUCAUUCAAGCCUUCAUUCAAUCCAUUCAUUCACUAAUUGUUUGAUUCACUCGUCGUUCACAGCAGCCAUCCAUCCAGUGAUCAGUUUAUGGUUUACAUCGCAUAGCAAACCCGAACUCACUUUGGGAUCAAUUGGUGGUGAUAGUCAUGUGUCCGGUCGUCUUAUUAGCUCUCAUAUUAUCAGUGAUUCUGCUGUUACUAGAAGUGACGGCAGCACUGAGUGUCACAUUCAGACCAUCACCGGUGAAGCAACUCAAAGAAGAUGAGAUCAUAACCGUGUCCAUCGAACUCAACAAUUCUGUCCAUAAAUUCAAUUCCAAUGAUUAUUACGAUCUCUAUGUCGGCGACCCUUCUGUGGUGGAAGUGUUGGGCGACAAGACAUUGAUUGUGGGCUCCAAUGGACCACUGAAUGGCACGUUUGAGUUGAGGGGCAUAUGUUUGGGUCACUCAUGGCUUCAAGUGAUCAACAAAUACGAUGCAAACGAUGUGAGCGAACGGCUGGCCAUUAGUGUCAUCCGGAAGACCAGCCAAUUAACCAAAAUAUUCACCAUAUCUGUGGCCGUCUUAAUAUCCAUGAACUACAUAAACAUGGGAUGUGCUCUCGAUAUGACUGUAGUCCUACAGGUGCUCAAGAGGCCCAUCGCACCCACCAUUGGAUUUGUCUGUCAAUACACUUUCAUGCCUUUGAUUGCAUUCUUGGCCGCCAAACUGCUAUUCACGGAAUCCUAUCUCCAAUUAGGACUCUUCGUGUUCGGCGCCAGUCCUGGUGGCGGUGCCAGCAAUAUGUGGACAGUGCUCUUGGGCGGCAAUCUUAACCUCAGUAUUACCAUGACUUUCAUCAGUACCUUAUCAGCACUUUUUAUGAUGCCAUUCUGGUUGUCAACAUUGGGUCCCAAUAUCUUCGAGGGCACGACAACCUCAGUUCCGGUUCCAAAUAUAUUUGGUUCUUUGGCUUCGAUGACUAUAUUCUUAGCCAUAGGGUUACUAUUCCAGAGAUUUAUACCAAAAGUGGCCAAUAUUUGUCGCAAAAUUUUAGCGCCCGUUUCGAUCGCAAUGAUUAUAUUUAUAAUUAUUUUCGGCACUUAUGCUAAUCUAUAUAUGUUUCGUAUGAUGUCAUGGCGUAUACUAUUAGCCGCUUCUGUCAACGUUUGGACCGGUUUUCUGGUGGGACUCAUUGCGGCCAUACUUUUCAGACAGUCAUUUGCCGACCAAAUUGCUAUUGCAAUCGAGACGGGCAUUCAGAACACAGGCGUCGCUAUUGUUUUGUUGGGAUUAUCUCUUCAACAACCGGAC